AUGUCUAUGCCCAAAGCCCCAACCAACGAAACGGAAGAGCACAUCGAAGACAAAACAUUCGAACAUGUGCCCGCAUCAUUGCACCUAAGUAAUGACCCUAACAUCUACCUCACCCCGGAACAAGAUAUGGAAGACAGAGACGACAUCAACGACGAGAAGCUCGAUUAUCUUGGGGAUUUGUACGAUGGUUAG